GUCAGAAGGAAGCAUUUGUAAAUGCUCUUCCCGUGGCUUUCUUCGUAGUCUCCUCCACUAUCCGGGCCACGCACACCAAACUCUUCACGGACGCCAAAGAGGAACACUUUCACCUCAUGGGUCCGACCGUGAACUUGGACCCGUUUCGAAUCCCAGAGAGAAAGAAAGACGUUCUCAUCCUUCUCAUGGGAUGUAGACGUUUUACCUACCAAUAAGAAUUACUGGUUGGUUGCUUCUUAACCUACUUACCUACUCGCUAACAUAACGAGUGUCUAGGGAUCUGUAUAUACACAUAUGCUAUACGCAUUCACGCAUUUAACGUCGAUUGUGAUUCUACGUAGCUUCUUUGUCGAGCACUAAGUACCUACUCGCAUCCUUAGUAUGUUAUGAAGGACGUGUUUUCAAAUGACGCGCCAGAACAACAGAAGAUCUAACCCUUCACUCUCCAUGAUAUAACCUCUCCAGGGAGUGAAUUUAUGACUUUUUAGUGAAAUUUUUUGGGGUCGCAGAUAAUUACAUUGCUGAGGAACUUUUGGGAUGUAGUGGAUAGAUAUUGCCAGAAACAGGAACUGCUCUGUUCCAGGAUUACACUCUUGGAGUGGAUUUUAACAUGUCCAGAAACGAUAAAAAGCUAAAUGAUGUUGUUUUGAGUUAUUACGACUGUCUCCUACGUCGUGCUGAUGUUAAUUUACUGAAAGGUCCUUGUUGGCUUAACGAUGCUCUUGUGGGAUUCUACUUUGAAUAUCUGAAUAGAAAGUUUCAGGAUGCUGAUACAAAUAAAAGUCUGUUUAUUAGUCCUGAGAUGACACAGUUAUUGAAAUUAUCUGACAUCUCAGAAUAUGAUAUUUUUUUGGAGCCUAUAAAUGUAUCGAGUAGUGCAUUUGUAUUCUUUCCUUUGAAUAACUGUGAUAGUAGAGUCAACGCUGGUGGUUCUCACUGGAGCUUAUUAGUAUUUUCACGUCCAGAAAAAAUAUGCUUCCACUUUGAUUCCUCAAAAGGAAUCAAUAGAGACAUAGCCAAGGAAUUUUCUAGAAAAAUCAUGGACUAUCUGUUGGGCAAAGGCCUAGGUAGUUUCACGGAAGUAAACUGCCCUCAACAAGAUAAUGGAUAUGACUGUGGUUUAUUUGUACUCUGCUUCACAGACAUUCUAUCCUAUCAUAUUAAAGAUAAUAAAAAAAUUGAUAAAUGCAAUUUUGACACAGUCAAAAAUACUGUUCGAAGUAAGCGUCAGAGUCUUUUAGAGUUUGUCAACGAACUGUCUGAUAACUCUUAAAAAAAAACAAAUGUCAAAGAUAUUCAUAAUUAAUCCUUUAUACUAAUAAAUAAAGUGUGCCAAUAUUACACAAAGUU